AACAAACAGAAGACCAUCUCGGUUUGCUGUUAGACUGGGCAAUAUGUUGAAGGCAGUCGUAUUAGUUUGUCUGCUCGGAGUUGCUUUGGCCACUCCUCCGCUGGUCAGGAGUAGGGAGGAGAUCCAGGCUUUUAGGCACUACCUGGAGAGUACAAAGUCUGACGAUGGCAACUUUCUUGCUCGGACGCAGGCCUUCCUCGGCAACCCUGAGGAGAACAGCGGCAAGUUCGACGGAGACAUCAUCCUGGAUGACUUCAUCAUUGAGGAUAUGAUCAAGGAGUUUGCCAUGGGCCGCAACGCGUACACCUGGCCUAACACCAAGUGGCCCAAUAACACCGUCGUUUGGGAGUUCGGAGACGGAGAAUUUGGACCACUUCAGUCGGAAGCCAUUGAAGAAGGGAUCAGAGACAUUGAGAGGCACACCUGUAUCAAGUUCCGUUAUAGGGAGCCUCAAGAUAGGGCUUUCGUCAGAUUGACGGGUCUCGCCGGCGGGUGCUACGCCAACGUGGGCUACUGGGAAUCCCGUGGGGUCCACACUCUGAACCUGGCCCGCAACGUGCCAGGCGUGGGCUGCUUCCGCCACGCGACCAUUGUGCACGAGUGGAUGCACAUCCUCGGAUUCCUGCAUAUGCAGGCAACCCAUGAUAGGGAUAACUACGUGAGGAUCGUCGAGGAAAACCUUACUGCUGGUUCUGAACACAACUUCAACAUCUACACCUCUGACCUGGUGGACAACCUGGACGUGCCCUAUGACUACGUGAGCUGCCUCCACUACGGACCCUACGCCUUCAGCAACAAUGGCCAGCCCACUAUCAUAGCUCUUCAGGAGCACGAAGGUACCAUGGGCCAACGCGAAUACAUCACAGAUAGCGACUGGCUUCGUAUCAACAGACAUUACAACUGUCCUGGAGCUUGGGACUGAAUCAUGAACUGAACAUUUAUUAUUAAAAGUAUUAUUAUAAAACCUA